CCGCCGCCGCCGCAGCCACAGCCGCCGCCGGAGGGGGGCGCGGCGCGGGCCGGCGGCGCGGCGCGGCCCGUGAGCCUGCGGGAAGUCGUGCGCUACCUCGGGGGCAGCGGCGGCGCCGGCGGUCGCCUGACCCGCGGUCGCGUGCAAGGGCUGCUGGAGGAGGAGGCGGCGGCGCGGGGCCGCCUGGAGCGCACCCGUCUCGGAGCGCUAGCGCUGCCCCGCGGGGACAGGCCCGGACGGGCGCCGCCGGCCGCCAGCGCCCGCCCGUCUCGGAGCAAGAACAGCUGCUAACCUCGCAUGCUUCUCUCCUCCGCCCCAGAUGAUGAUGAUGAUGAUGAUGAAGACGAAGAUGAUGAAGAUGAUGUGUCAGAGGGUUCCGAAGUACCCGAGAGUGACCGUCCGGCAGGUGCCCAGCACCACCAGCUUAAUGGCGAGCGGGGACCUCAGAGUGCCAAGGAAAGGGUCAAAGACUGGACGUCCUGCGGAACUCACCAGGGCCAGGAUGAAGGGCGGGGGCCAGCCCCGGGCAGCGGCACCCGCCAGGUGUUCUCCAUGGCAAACAUGAACAAGGAGGGGGGAACAGCUUCUGUUGCCACCGGGCCAGACUCCCCAUCUCCCGUGCCUUUGCCCCCAGGAAAACCAGCCCUACCUGGGGCCGACGGGACCCCCUUUGGCUGUCCUACUGGGCGCAAAGAGAAGCCGUCUGAUCCCGUGGAGUGGACAGUGAUGGAUGUUGUGGAAUAUUUUACUGAGGCAGGCUUCCCCGAGCAGGCGACAGCUUUCCAAGAACAGGAAAUUGAUGGCAAAUCUUUGCUGCUCAUGCAGCGCACAGAUGUGCUGACCGGCCUGUCCAUCCGCCUUGGGCCAGCCCUGAAAAUCUACGAGCACCACAUCAAGGUGCUGCAGCAAGGCCACUUUGAGGACGACGACCCCGAUGGCUUCUUAGGCUGAGCGCCCAGCCUCACCUCUGCCCCAACCCAUUCUGGCCCCCAUCUCACCCAAGACCCCCCAGAGUCCAGGAGCUGGACAUGGACACCCUUGGCCCUCAUAACAGAUUCCAGGGAGGGGCACCCUGUAUGUCCUCAUUUUUGCCCUUUCUGUCUCACACACAUUUGCCCUUCAGCACGUCGGUGCAGGGAGAGGAUUGCUCCUUACACCCCAGGUGGCUGACCCUCCCCACCCAGCCCAGGACAUUUUAG